ACAUAGUUUUGCCCUUUUGGAAAUUGCGAUGGAUAAAAUCUUAUCCGCUUCGAUGGCUACUGUCUACCGAUGUAUCAAGUUAUCAACUAUAAAGCAAACCCAUCUCUGGUGGUGUCUCUCCCCUGUUUAAGUACCCUUUGGCCUUCCUGUGUACCACUCACUGUCACUCGCUCUCUUCCAUUAUUUCCGGGCAAAUUUCUCUUCUGGGUUUCAUCUUUUCUUCAAAUUUCUGAAACUAGUGCGGGUUUGUUGGGUGCAGCCAUGGCUUUGUUGUGUUCAUUUUUGCAAGGCAUCCUUUGAUGGAGCACAAAUCACUUGAAUUUGUUUUCUCCUACUCCUGCUUUCUUGGAUUUUAGUUCUCCAAAGUAUGUCUGAGCUCAUGGACGUAGGAGAAAUUAAAUGUUCCUCAGGCUACGGAAAGCCCCCGUGGAUAUUCAAAGGCAGUGCCUUGUACCAACUCCAUCUCGUGAAGGCAGAAACUGCUCGAACAUGCAUCCCGAAAGAGUUCAGAUUAGUUGAAGCUUUUGGGUACACCCUUGGUGGCUUCUUUCUUGCCAGCUACGAUGACAGUCCAGCCGGAGUCUUUGAUGAGCUCGUUGUGAUUGCGGGGCUUGCAUGGAACCCACCAGCAUCCUGCGCAUUUUUCCUUCAAAAGUUAUUUUGUUGGAAGUGGGCAUUCUCAACUUUGUCUUUUGUCAGCAGAUGGGCUGCUAAGGUGCUUGUGAACAGCAAUGAGGCUUGUGAUCAUGGAAGAAAGGAAGUCGGGCUUCCAAGUCAGAUUGCCAGGUUUUCGAAGAGUAUCACGGCAAUGACAGCACAACCAAAGAAUAAAGACAUUGGUUUUUUAAACGCGAUUGGUAUGGGUGCUGCUUUUGAUAGUCCAAGAGACCAUAUGAAUGUUCAAGUGACCGAAUGGGAUGAUCUUGAUACAAAAGAUACCUGUAACAUCAACCUGACAACUGUUGUGCCUGCAUUGAAUGACAAGUGGAUGGGGCCGGCCAUCAAACUUUCACUUCCAAGUUAUAGUGGCCAUACAGAGCAUAAUCCCAACCUUCUCAAGUACUCUUGCCAGAUUGAGUGCAGGGUUAGAGCAGUGAAGCCAGCAGUAGUAUCAGGCCCAAGUCCUAAACUGUAUCAUGAUGGUGCGCAUUAUUCAGAUCAACGUGGAUGCAAUACCAUGGACUCUACAGCUAAGGAGCACAUAGAUAAUGGACAAAAUCUCAUCAUGUCUGUGAUGUUGUCAAAACCCAUAUUGGCUUUGGAGUUCAAUUGUUUGAAAAUGCAGGUAGAAGCUCCAACUGUCGUUUCCCCUUCCUCUAGGAGUUCUUAAGAAGGCAGAAAGUGUAUUACAGUGGUGUAAUGACGUUUAAGAAUACAUAACUAAUGAAGUUCAUUUCCCUAAA